AAUCAUUGUUGAUGGUAUGAAACGGUAAGGGUGCUCAUGUUUUAUAUUUCUUUUCAUUAUGUGCAAUUUUUUCCGCUCUACUGAUUCCUGACCCUAACAUACAUUGUCCCUUUUGUUAAUGUCGUGAUGCAGCGAGACUUUGCCAAAAGGAAACAUCAUAUGGAACCUGGGAGACAGAGGAGAUUCCGCCAAGCUUUUUGUACAGGGAGCUGUCUAUGCCUUCGUGGAGGACGAGGAUGAAGAUGACGAUUUCCGGUUCCAAUCAAAAAUGACGCUUGGGUCCUUCUUGGGAUUGCGCAGCCUGAUUCUGGACGAAUGCCACUUGGCAACGGCACGCUGCGAUGACGAAUGCACAUUUUACAGUCUUGACAGAGCUGCAUACAAACGGCUCUUUCAUGAAUCUCCAGAGGCUGCGAGCCUACUGGAAGUAUCUUUGGCUCGAUACUUGUCUCAUAAGCUCCGGCACGUAUCGAAUCGUAUUUACCAAGCACGUAGUUUACCAGUAUAAGUACUGCUGAUUCGAAUAAUACAAUUUGUGAUAAAGUUACUAUUUCACC